GGCUGCAGAAGCGUCUGGUCUCCGGGACUCGUCGUGUUGUGUUGUUUCGUGUUGUGUUGUGUUGUGUUGUGUAGCAGCGGAGCGGAGCGGAGCGGAGCAACAUGGACAUGAUGGGCAAGAAAGAGCGACGCGGAGUGAAUGUGAAAGGCUGCCUGAAGAGGAACUGGCUGCUCAUCGCCACGGUGGCGUCGGUGCUGCUCGGGAUUAGUGUGGGUGUCGUGGUGAGGGAAUAUGCAUUCCUCUCCCACCUCCACAAGCAGUACUUUGGCUUCCCAGGAGAGAUACUGAUGAGAAUGCUCAAGCUGAUCAUCCUUCCGCUCAUCAUUUCCAGCAUGAUAACAGGGGUUGCAGCCCUGGACUCGGAGGUGUCAGGAAAGAUUGGUCUGCGAGCUGUUGUGUACUACUUCUCAACUACAAUCAUCGCGGUCAUUUUGGGUAUUAUAUUGGUGAUGACUAUCAAACCAGGAGUGUCUCAGAUGGCUGAGCACAUAGACAGGGCUGGCACGACGCCGAACGUGACGACGGUCGACACUUUACUGGACCUCAUCAGAAACAUGUUUCCUGAAAAUCUGGUGCAGGCUUGUUUUCAACAGUACAAGACGAAGCAUAAAGAGCUGGAGCCAUCCAGGGCCGUGAUGGCCAACACCACCACACUCCCACCUCUUGCCUCUACAAUCAUGGCUGCUGUGGAGAAUGUCACCAGGGAAUAUAAAAUCAUUGGGACGUAUUCAGACGGAGUCAACGUCCUCGGCCUUAUCGUAUUCUGUGUUGCUUUCGGCCUCGUUAUUGGGAAGAUGGGUGAAAAAGGACGCAUCCUCCUGGAAUUUUUUGAUGCCUUGAACGAGGCAACUAUGAAACUAGUCCAGAUAAUUAUGUGCUACAUGCCAGUGGGGAUCAUGUUCCUAAUUGCGGCUAAGAUCAUCGAAGUGGAGGACUGGGAGAUCUUCAGGAAGAUGGGCCUUUACAUGGUGACGGUGCUGAGCGGUUUGGCAAUCCACUCCAUCAUUUGUCUGCCACUGAUCUUCUUUGUGAUUGUGAGAAGAAACCCUUAUACGUUCACCUUAGGGAUGGCCCAGGCGCUGGUGACGGCACUCAUGAUAUCCUCGAGCUCCGCCACCCUGCCCGUCACCUUCCGAUGUGCCGAGGAGAACAACCGGAUUGACAAGCGAAUCACCCGUUUCGUCCUCCCAGUAGGUGCCACCAUCAACAUGGACGGCACAGCGCUGUACGAGGCUGUGGCUGCCAUUUUUAUCGCCCAGCUAAACGACUAUGAACUGGACAUGGGCCAGAUUGUUACCAUCAGCAUAACAGCAACAGUUGCCAGCAUUGGGGCAGCAGGCGUGCCCAACGCUGGGCUGGUCACCAUGGUCAUCGUCCUAACGGCUGUUGGACUUCCAGCAAGCGAUGUGACGCUGAUUGUUGCUGUGGACUGGCUCCUGGACCGGUUCCGUACUAUGGUCAAUGUGCUUGGGGAUGCAUACGGGGCAGGCAUUGUCCAGAAACUGUCCAAGAGAGAGCUGGAGAGAAUGGACAUGACAUCGGAUGUGGACGUAGCCAACCCUUUCGCUUUGGAUUCCCCUCUGGAUGAUGAGGAAUGUGAGAAGAAGUCCUACGUCAAUGGAGGCUUUACUGUUGACAAGACAGACGCCAUCUCGUUCACUGAAACCUCCCAGUUUUAGCCCCCUGGCUGGCUGGAACCGUGGAGGAAAGAAAGUACCAUGCUGCUAUCAAUAUAAUAACAGAAGAAAGCGGAACGCCGUGCGUUAUGUAUCAGUGCCAAUGUGAGAGAGGAAAACCAUUUCAGAAGAAUUAUCCCAGCUUCCAUACCAACGAUAGUAACCUCCAUUCUCUCAUGCGUUCAACCUCAAGCUUGUCCAAGAUGAUCACGCUCCAAACCAGUUUGGACCUCUACUUGUCCCAUCCUUAAAACCAGAACUCAAUGAAAGUGCUUCCAUCCUAUGCUGAUAUAGUGCCAAGAAUUAACAAAAAUAACAAAUACUCUUUCUUUGGAACAAGAAUUUCUUUUUGCAAGUAAAUCCUGACAAGAAGAGCCUGUUGGAGAGCAUUGAUUGGGAUUUAUUUUGUACAUAUUAUCACGAUGCUAAGAAAUGUGUUUAUAUUUUGCCGGGAAAAAAAAGCAUGAGAAUGUACAUAAUCUAGAUGUUCUACUAUAUGAAGCAAAUUGAUGAUUCAGUACUCUUCAAAACUUUGGUAAGCAAAUCAGAAUUCUGUAUUUUACACUUAAGUGGUCUUUGUUGGUUCUUUGGUAAGAUAAUGAAACGAUAAUGAAAGGUUUUCGUAUGUACGUGAUGCUGAACCUCGAUUUUGCCUAAUCCAGUGCUCGUGUAUCGUCUCUGUAUAUCCAAACUGUGCCAAACGUAACUACUUUUUCUAUUCAGCUGCAUGGGGCAAUAUGUUAAAGAAAUAGAAAAAAAAACACUGGCUGCAAAUAAGACUUUUACUUGGUCUUUCAAGAGUUCUUCACAAAAGACUGGAGAAGAGUAAACGAAGGUUGGCACAAUGAAGAACUUAUGAAUCCAUUGAACACUGUGAAAUAUAAAGAACAUUUUUUCAUAUCAUAAUCACAAAUAGAUUGAAUAUUAGAAUGUCCUUACAUAUGGAAAUGCUACUUUAAAGAACUUAAAU